AAGGCUAGCAACUCUCCGUUACUGUGCUGUAUUGGAAUUCUAAUAGAAUUAAGGGUAUUUAUGGAUACUGUUAUGAAAAAGAUAUUUUUUGCACUGUAACAAAAUGCUUGAUUUUGUUAUUUUUGCAGUUACAUUUCUUGCAGUUUUACUUAUUGCAAUCAUAUGGAUUUAUCCUAGUUCAAAGAAAGUGACCACCAUUCCAGGUUUGGAUCCUUCUACAACAGAAGAUGGAAAUUUGAGUGACAUAGCUCGUGCUGGAAGUCUGCAUGAAUUUCUUGUAGAAACACAUGCUAGGUUUGGCCCUAUAACAGGUUUCUGGUGGGGCCAAGUCUAUGUGGUCAGUAUUGCCUCUCCAGAACUGUUUAAAGCCCAUGCUAAUGUAUUUGAUAAGCCUUCUGAACUAUUCAAGUUGUAUGAACCAUUGAUUGGACCAUUAAGUAUUCAAUACACAAAUGGCUCAGAAGGACGCAAACGGAGACAAUUUUAUGACCGUUCAUUUGAACAUGAUCAACUUAUUACUUAUUAUGAACAUUUUCAAAAAAUUUCUCAUUCAGUGGAGAAAAGUUGGUCACAGAAAACUGAGCAUGACCACAUACCUCUUUCAGAAGAAAUGUUUAAAUACUCCAUCAAAGCAGCUCUAUUUACUUUAGUAGGAGAAAGUUUCAAUGAUGAAAAACUGCUUUUGAGCAUCAGAAAUGCUUAUGAUAAGGCUUGGGGUGAAAUGGAGCACCGUUUAACUGAUCCUGUGGUACCAAGUGAGAACAGUCCUAGAACAAAACAGCUAGAUGAAGCUGUUAACUAUUUAAAAAGUACUGUCAAAAAAAUUGUGGAUCUUCGCGCUGCACAAAAGAAAGGCCAUCUUCUCCUUGAUGAAAUUGUACAGUUGAAUACAUCUGAGGAAAUCAUAAGUAGUGACAUCAUCACAUAUUUAGUAGAGGCAUUUCACACUACAGCAAAUUUACUUACCUGGUGUAUCUACUUUUUGGCCACACACAAGGAUAUACAAACUAAACUGUACUCAGAAAUAGUGAAAGUUCUUGGGGACAAAGAUGAAGUUGAUAAUAAAACAUAUGGGCAGCUAAGUUAUUUGAAUCAAGUUAUAAAUGAGACUCUUCGCUGUGCUGUUAUCACUCCAUGGACUGCUAGGUGUCAGGAUUUUGAUACAGAGUUGGGUGGCCACAAAGUUCCUAAAAAUACUCCAGUGAUUCAGGCUCUAGGUGUGGUACUUCAAGAUGAAACACUUUGGCCAUUACCUAACAAAUUUGAUCCAGAUCGCUUCAGCGUUGAGCAAAGCAAAAACAGAUCCCCAUAUGCAUUUAGUCCUUUUGGUUUUGCUGGUAAACGCAAAUGUCCAGGGUACAAGUUUGCUUAUAUGGAGUCCUCUGUGUUACUUAGCACCUUAUUAAGAAGAUUUGAAGUCAGCCUAUGUGAUGAUCAAGUAGCCCAACCUGUGUAUGGCUUGGUAACACAUCCACUUGAUGAAGUGUGGGUGAAAGUUUCCAAAAGGAAGUAGUAUCUGUUGAACAUAGUUAUCUUUCAGUCACAUUCUGUUUGUAGAAGUAAUUUUAUAUUGCAAUGAAUGAAACAAGAACAUAAUUGGUGUUCAUAAAUGAAUGGAAAUGAAUUUUUCAAACAAUUAUUCUCAUGUCCUUCAAUUACAAAAUAACAUGUAUAGUUCAUUUUCAUUAUCCUUAUUGCUGAAGAAUGCAGAUUAUCUUUAUAAAUAGGCAUUUUCACUGUACAUAUUAAAUUUCAAGAUCAUUAUUUACAUUGUUGAAGACAAAAAUGAUUUUUUUUUUUUUUAUUUUUACUUACAAUCUUAGAAUUCAAUUUAAAUUUGUGAAAUUAUCCUGUUUGAUCUUUUAAUAAUAAAAAAAAAAACAUAACUAUUUGUUAGCUGAUUGAUGAAACCAAAAUGCUCAUGUAUCUAGACAUGAGUCAUGUCAAGAUCUUUCUACUUUUUAAUUAUAAUUUAAGUAAGUAGUUUGUUCAUUAAAUUUCUUACAAUCUAAGUUUACCAUGUAUGUUUGUAAUGAAUAUGAAUCUUUACUAGGAAAAAUAAAUGAAAUUUAAAUUGGCAUAUAGGGUUAGCUCUAAGUUCAACAUUUCAAUUACAGUUCAUUUGAUGGAUAGGUUAUGAAUCUUUUAAAAAUUAGUUAAUUUUUUUUAAGCAGUUGUUUUUUUUACACAUGCACAGUAAAUGUGUUUUUGUAGACACAAACAUGUUACAAAAGAACAACAUUUAAGUUUAUUUGGUAAUGGGGUUUACUUGUGUUGUUCUGGGGUCAUGGUGUUAUUUGUUGUGUUCUGUUUCUUUAAAUUCUAUUGAUAAUUACAUAAAUAAGUUGGCAUGAUCCUCCUGUUUCCCAUAGUCCUUUUCAUUAACAAUGUUUUGUUUCAUUAUCAUUAGUUUUACUUUUUAACAAAAAUAUCAGCUAGUGAUCAUUUUGCAUUACAUACCAUUGAAAUAAUUAUAUUUUUUCUAAUAUCACUAAUUUGAGCUUAGUGAAAAAUGUGUCAUUUUGAUUUUGUUUUUAAACAUAGGUAGCAUUUUCUAGAGACCUCCUUAUGUGGUAUAGUAUUUGGUUCAUUGACAAGAAAGAAAAUAUCUAGUCCAACCGAACAUUUGUUUUGUUUUUAUGUUCAACAAAGUUAUAGUUUAUAAUGUUUUUUAUUAAAAUAUCAAUCACUUAGAUAUUUUUAAUUAAUUUAUUUGUUUCUGUUUCUUUAAAGCAAAACUUAUGCUGAAUUAUGUUUAUAAUUGGCAUCUUUUAUUGACUAUGAAAUGAAUUUUCUUGAGUCUUUCUCAUUAUGAACUAAUUAAUAUAAUGUUUAUAUUGAAAGAUUGGUAUUAAAGCAUGCAUGCUGUUAUGCAAUCAGCAUUCAA